AUGGAUAGCGCUGUCUUCAGAGUAGAUUUCGUCGCUAAGCCGAUUUUUCCCUCUCUUUUUUUCCCCAAUACAAACCCCCCCCCCCCCAAUCCCACCCCUCUGCCCCCACCACAACACUCCUCCCCACGUAGAAUAAAAAAACCCUUAAGCGAUACUCUUUUCCUGAAUGUCGUUCUCUUUUACAUACAGAGGAUAAGUGCGGCGAAUUAUAAAUAUUGUGACGCACUGCUACUUAGAGUUUGUUCUCCUUCAUGUGAAGGAAACAAUUCUCAUUUGAAGAAUUUGGGGCAAACUGAAGCGUUUAAUAACCUUAUUCUGGAACUUCAAGAAAGAGAACCCAUCUUUGGAGAAAGUGCACAACAAGUUGAUGCAGCUGAGAUGUUAAAGAACAACUUGAAGGAUUAGUUGAACCUAUUUUUUCUUUCAUUUGGAGUUGUUUAAAGAUGUUCUGCUUGUACAUUCUACAUUCCUAUUUUCUCUUCUUUUUAUUAGAAUGGACAAAUAUAAUGUGAUGCUUUAUCCCAUUUGUAAGUAACUAUAAAAUUUUAUAUUCAUAUUGAUUCUUUUGUAUGUUC